AUGGUCGAGCGGUUUCACCGCCAGCUGAAGGCCUCCCUACGCGCCGCGGCCGAUCCGGAGAACCGGACGGACCACCUUCCCCUGGUCCUCUUGGGCAUCCGCUCUGCUCUCAAGCCGGACCUUGACUGUUCCGCAGCUGAACUGGUGUUCGGCUCCACCGCCCGACUCCCCGGUGAGAUGAUCUCGCCAACCCCUCGAGGUGCAGUUGAGGGUCCUACCAACCUCCUGCAUCGCCUCCGGUAGUUUAUGCGGACACUUUCUCCGAUUCCUCCCAGGUCCUCCGCCUCUCCGUCUUAUCUCGAGAAGGACUUGGCAACGUGCUCUCACGUCUAUCUACGAUGUGAUCGAGUCCGCCGGACCCUGGAAGCACCCUACGACGGCCCCUUCUGA